AUGAUCCCUGGUCUAGAGAGACUACUCCUCUUCGAAUAUGUGAGGUCUUAACUCUGUACCCACCCACAGGUGUCUGCUAGGCCCCUGUAUGAGGUGAAGAAUCGGCUGCUAUACUUGCUGUUCCUGGUGUCAGCUGGGCUGGGUCACAAAGUCUUCUACAUCAUCUUCCCGCCUUGCUUACACUGGAACCUAGACCCCUUCCUCUGCAGACGCCUCGUCAACAUCUGGACCGUAAAUCACCUGUGGUUGCAAAAAGAGAGUCUUUGCUCUUCAAACCAUCCUCCCACACAUAAAUAUUUUCUCUCUCUUCCACUGCUACCUAUUAAAUUUACACCUGCGGUUUCAUUACAGAAAAUACAUGUUAAACUAUUGGAAAUAUGUAUGAGAGAGAGAGAGAGAGAGAGAGAGAAUAAAGCUCUUCUUCUCCCUCACCUCUGACCCCUUACCCCUCUCUGACCCCCCUUACCCCUUUCUGACCUGGUCCUGGCCACAGGGGCCAGGUUGACUGGUGCUACAGGGUAAAAGGACCGGCAAUAGGACAGAACAGGAGGGUCCCUAAAUGACUCACUAUUUGGCUAGCACCUAUUAACAAUCACACAAUUUCAACCAUUGUAUCAUAACUAUUUAUUACUGAGUUAUAAACAAUCAAAUAAUUAAUUGUUUAUACUCAUAGAUCAUCCAUGUUCCUGCAUCUAGUUAUGCUUUGUCCAUGAAGCUCAAACACACACACACACACACACACACACACACACACACACACACACACACUCUCUGACAGUGAGUGACAGUGAGUUUGUUUCCUCUCCUCCAGCACAAGGUGUGUGUCCUCUGAGCGACCUGCCCAUGUUCUGCCCCAGGGGAGGAACAGUUUGUGGAGUGAACUCUGAACACCCAGACACCUGUAAACUCCAACAAAACACGCUCACUUGCUCACUGCACGCACACACACACACAUACACACAUGCGCGCGCACACACACACACACAGUCACACACACAUAGUUACUCUAGAGUGUAGUUAGACAUUAUAACCUAAGUUGAUCUCUAGUCUGGUCAGCCUGUUUUAUUGACCUCGUCAUUGCUUUGAGGUUCUCUCUCUCUGGGAACCAUUUGGUCUGACUGCCCUCAGGGUAAACAGCCCUGCACUUGUAAAGCCCCCUCUUAUUGUGAAGCUGGUGUUUUCUAGGGUUCACGCUGUCCCCUCGCGCGCACACACACACACACACACACACACACACCUUACUUACAGGGUAACUUCAGUUGCCAUGGUAACACAUGGAUUUUCUUAAUGAUCUUAACUAACAUCACUGAAUUAGAGACUGUGACCCUCUCCACUCUGGUCCUCUUCCUAAAGCAUGCUGUAUUGACAGGAUUUAAACCAGCAUUUAUUACAUAAUAUAAAACAAACCAACUGUGUUGUUUUUUAUUAUUUUGUUUUAAGCCUUCCCCAAACCGUAGCCCUAACCUUAACCACUCUUAAUUAAUGCCUAAACUCUUAACCUUUGAGUUGUUUAUGUUUUAACCCUGUAACCAUGCGGAAUUGCUGCUGUAACCACGCAGAAAUAAAUGCAUCCAAAAUAGAUGUUCAUUCAUAAUAUAUCACAUUUCGAAAGGAAGCGAUGAGAUCUUGUUGCAGGAACAGCCCAUUCCUCCCCAACCCACCCCACCCCUCCUUUCUCACCACCCUCCCCUGUUGACAGAUCGAAGUCCAGAGCGACACUGGGCCCGAUCAAUACUCUCAUUCAUUCAGCUAAAUCUGCGCUGUUACUAUCUGUUUAUGACCUGGACCAUCUUUAACUCAUCUCUUUAUGUGAUGGUGCCUGGCCAGUCCUUUGAUGUGGGCCACACAAAGAGCCUAAUGUGUCAUCCCACUGUAUGGGUUGCUCUGUGGACAGUACCAGUGGGAUUGAUAUGAUUGGUGGCCUGGCAACAAGGGCAGGGUACACUAUUAUUCAGAUUCAGAGUGUUUAAUAGUCACAUGUACAGAGGUUGCAGAUGUGAUUGCAGGGUACAGUGAAACAAUGAAAAUGGUAAUAUAAAACAACAACAGAAAUAGAAAUAGCACUAUAUACAUCAUAACAACUAUAGCAUUGAUGUAUAAAUAAAUGUCCAUUGGCGUGGAGGCAGAGUAAAUUGUGCCCGUGUCUUGGAGGCAGUAGCAUCAGGGACAGUAUUUCUUCCCAGGGAACAAGCGGCUGAUUGCUAAAGAGAUAGAUAGUGACUCUCUUUCCUCCUCCCUCCCUUCUCCUCUUCUUUUCCCUCUUUCAGUCUAUAAUCUCUGGUUGCUAUGCUAACCAUGAUAAGAAGCCUAGGCAGUUUUAUCUCUCAUGGACCAUGGUUACUCAAACACUCACUGAUUAUAGUGUCCCCAUCCUGUCAGUAGGAAUAGUCAUGGUUCCACCUCUAUAUCCUUCUUUCUGUAGCUCGCGCACUCUUUCCUACCCCAUCUCUCUCUCUCUCUCUCUCUCUCUCUCUCUCUCGCUCUCUCUCUCUCUCUCUCGUGCUCUCUCUCUCUCUCUCUCUCUCUCUAUCUCUAUCUCUCUCUCUCAUUAAAUAUAAAAGGCAGAGCUAAAUACAACUCCAGCCUGGGUGGAGGGUCAGCCCCCGUGUCCCACUAGCGGCAUCUCCUAAGGAUGUGUAGUAGACAGUCAGUGUGUACUGAUUGGCCGCACAUCCCUGGCCUGGCAUGGCCUGCACACUGCACACCCUCUCUGGCCCCGUACACACUCAGGUUGUACAACUGAUGUACAACAUAUUUGUCGCACAACGGUUGUGAUACAACAUCGUUUUCCUGCACAAACUCUCUGUUGAAUUAAAAUAUCAGUUGUUUCACAACCAUAGUGUCAGAACCUGAGUUUGUACAGGGCCUCUGUGGAGUGUGUCUGUGUUACUGUAUGGGUACACAGUCACCAUCAACUGAAGACAUUGUGUCAGCAGCUUAUGGUUGUCUUUGAUUAUUACAGUAGAUUGUGUUGCUGAGCAACUGCAGACUGUGGUCCUUUUAUAGAAGUGUUCCUUGCGUCUUCUUUCAAACUGGUUACUACAGACUGAAUGAUUACUUAUUUAUAGGAUACUGUGUGGCCAUUCUUAAUGGAGCAUUGAACAAUCAAUCAGGUUAGCUUCAUACAUUAGAAUGUUUUUGAUUUAUUCUUUGCACAGUAAAAGUGUACAGAGUUCUAACCAAUCAAUAAAAUGUAUUAUUAAAGCCCUUUAUGAAGACUUACCCUUCUCUCCUCUCUUAUCCGCCUCUCCUCUUUUCCUCUCCUCUUCUCCUCCUCUCUCCUCACCCCCCCCCCCCCCCCCCCCCCCCUCCUCAGACGAUCCUGCAGGUGAAGAAGCCGGAUGUGGCGGUCCUGGGCUGGCGUGGUUACACGUGGUCUGCGGUUGUGAGGCCGGUUGGACAUACUGCCAAAUUCUGUAAAAGGACUUUGGAGGUGGCUUAUGGUAGAGAAAUGAACAUUCAACUCUCUGGUAACAGCUCUGGUGGACAUUCUUGCAGACAGCAUGCCAAUUGCACACACCCUCAAAACUUGAGACAUCUAUAGCAUUGUGUAGUGUGACAAAACCGCACAUUUUAAAGUGGCCUUUUAUUGUCCACAGCACAAGGUGCACCUGUGUAAUGAUCAUGCUGUUCAAUCAGCUUCUUGAUAUGCCACACCUGUCAGGUUGAUGGAUUAUCUUGGCAAAGGAGGAAUGCUCACUAAAAGGGAUGUAAAUAAAUUUGUGGACAAACUUUGAGAGAAAUACGAUUUUUGUGCGUAUGGAACAUUUCUGGGAUCUUUUAUUUCAGCUCAUAAAACAUGGGACCAACAUGUUGUAUUUAUAUUUUGUUCAGUGUAGUUUGCCGGACUCUGUACAGCCUUAUCCGGAAACAACCCCUAACCUCUAGACCUUCAAUGUAUGCAGAUUUGAAGGACCUGAAAUAGGUGUAAGCAUUCCUGUUAAGGGGGCUUGUCUCUCCUCAAUCAUGACCCUGAGUCCUGACUACGCAUCCUGGACAAUGUGCUGGGAGCGGCGGAGUGGCCACUCACCAUCAGUCACCAUCAGACACACCCACACAGCUGCUGUUUGUUCCUCUGAUUGACUACAUAGAGUAAAUGACUGUCAAUCUCUCACCAAGGAUAAGUCUGUCCUGCCCCCCCCCCCCUCUCUCUCUCUCUCUCUCUCUCUCUCUCUCUCUCUCUCUCUCUCUCUCUCUCUCUCUCUCUCUCUCUCUCUCUCUCUCUCUCUCUCUCUCUCUCUCUCUCUCUCUCAAUUCAAUUCAAUUUCAAUUCAAUUUAAGGGCUUUAUUGGCAUGGGAAACAUAUGUUAACAUUGCCAAAGCAAGUGAAAUAGAUAAUAAACAAAAGUGAAAUAAACAACAAAAAAUUAACAGUAAACAUUACACUCACAAAAGUUCAAAAGAAUAAAGACAUUUCAAAUGUCAUAUUAUGUCUAUAUACAGUGUUAUAAUGAUGUGCAAAUAGUUAAAGUACAAAAAGGAAAAUACAUAAACAUAAAUAUGGGUUGUAUUUACAAUGGUAUUUGUUCUUCACUGGUUGCCCUUUUCUUGUGGCAACAGGUCACAAAUAUUGCUGCUGUGAUGGCACACUGUGGUAUUUCAACCAAUAGAUAUGGGAGUUUAUCCAAAUAGGAUUUGUUUUCAAAUUCUUUGUGGGUCUGUGUAAUCUGAGGGAAGUAUGUGUCUGUAAUAUGGUCAUACAUUUGGCAGGAAGUUAGGAAGUGCAGCUCAGUUUCCACCUCAUUUUGUGAGCAGUGUGCACAUAGCCUGUCUUCUCUUGAGAGCCAGGUCUGCCUACGGCGGCCUUUCUUAGUAGCAAGGCUAUGCUCACUGAGUCUGUACGUAGUCAAAACUUUCCUUAAUUUUGGGUCAAUCACAGUGGUCAGGUAUUCUGCCACUGUGUACUCUCUGUUUAGGGCCAAAUAGCAUUCUAGUUUGUUCAGUUUUUUUGUAAAUUCUAUCCAAUGUGUCAAGUAAUUAUCUUUUUUUCUCAUGAUUGGGUUGGGUCCAGUUGUGUUGCUCUCUCUCUCUCUCUCUCUCUCUCUCUCUCUCUCGCUCUCUCUCUCUCUCUCUCUCUCUCUCUCUCUCGCUCUAUAGUAAACAAAAGUGAAAUAAACAAUACAUAUUAACAGUAAACAUUACACUCAGAAGUUCCAAAAGAAUAAAGACAUUUCAAAUCAAUCAAUUUUCAAUCAAUUUUAUUUUAUAUAGCCCUUCUUACAUCAGCUAAUAUCUCGAAGUGCUGUACAGAAACCCAGCCUAAAACCCCAAACAGCUAGUAAUGCAGGUGUUAGAAGCACGGUGGCUAGGAAAAACUCCCUAGAAAGGCAAAAACCUAGGAAGAAACCCAGAGAGGAACCAGGCUAUGAGGGGUGGCCAGUCCUCUUCUGGCUGUGCCGGGUGGAGAUUAUAACAGAACCAUGCCAAGAUGUUCAAAAAGUUCAUAAGUGACAAGCAUGGUCAAAUAAUAAUCAGGAAUAAAUCUCAGUUGGCUUUUCAUAGCCGAUCAUUAGAGUUUAAAACAGCAGGUCUGGGACAGGUAGGGGUUCCAUAACCGCAGGCAGAACAGUUUAAACUGGAAUAGCAGCAAGGCCAGGCGGACUGGGGAUAGCAAGGAGUCACCACGGCCGGUAGUCCCGACGUAUGGUCCUAGGGCUCAGGUCUCUCAGUUGGCUUUUCAUAGCCGAUCAUUUAGAGUUGAAAACAGCAGGUCUGGGACAGGUAGGGGUUUCGUAGCCGCAGGCAGAACAGUUGAAACUGGAAUAGCAGCAAGGCCAGGCGGACUGGGGGCAGCAGGGUGUCAUCAUGCCCGGUAGUCCUGACGUAUGGUCCUAGGGCUCAGGUUCUCAGAGAGAAAGAGAGAACGAGAGAAUUAGAGAGAGCAUACUUAAAUUCACACAGGACACUGGAUAAGACAGGAGAAGUACUCCAGGUAUAACCAACUAACCCCAGCCCCCCGACACAUAAACUACUGCAGCAUAAAUACUGGAGGCUGAGACAGGAGCGGUCCGGAGACACUGUGGCCCCAUCCGAAGAAACCCCCGGACAGGGCCCAUCCCCAAUCCGUUCAUUUCUGUCUAUAUACAGAGUACUGUAAACAAGAUGUGCAAAUAGUAACCCUUAAAGACAAAUGAUCAGGAACAAAUGUCAUAUUAUGCAUAUACAGUGUAGUGCAAUAGUUAAGUAUGGAAAUAUAAAAGGGUAUUCAAUGGUGUUUGUUCUUCACUGCUGCUGUGAUUGCACACUGUGGUUUUUCACCCAGUAGAUAAGGGAGUUUUUCUAAAUUGGCUUUGUUUUCAAAUUCUUUGUGGAUCUGUGUAAUCUGAGGGAAAAAUGUGUCUCUAAUAUGGUCAUACAUUUGGCAGGAGGUUAGGAAGUGCAGCUCAGUUUCCACCUCAUUUUGUGAGCACAUAGCCUGUUUUCUCUUGAGAGACAGAUCUGCCUACAGCGGCCUUUCUCAAUAGCAAGGCUAUGCUCUCUCUUUCACUCACUCACUCACUCACUCACUCACUCACUCACUCACUCACUCACUCACUCACUCACUCACUCACUCACUCACUCACUCACUCACACACACACACACACACAACAAUCAAUCACCUACUCAAACAACACCAGCCUCAGAAACAGUGGUAGUGUGCUGCAGUGGUGACAUUGUUUCUGAGAGAGCAUGCAUAGCUACGCAUGUGGUGACAUUGUUUCUGAGAGAGCAUGCAUAGCUAUGCAUGUGGUGACAUUGUUUCUGAGAGAGCAUGCAUAGCUAUGCAUGUGGUGACAUUGUUUCUGAGAGAGCAUGCAUAGCUGUGCAUGUGGUGACAAUGUUUCUGAGAGAGCAUGCAUAGCUGUGCAUGUGGUGACAAUGUUUCUGAGAGAGCAGGCAUAGCUAUACAGUGAGGGGAAAAAAGUAUUUGAUCCCCUGCUCAUUUUGUACGUUUGCCCACUGACAAAGAAAUGAUCGGUCUAUAAUUUUAAUGGUAGGUUUAUUUGAACAGUGAGAGACAGAAUAACAACAAAAAAAUCCAGAAAAACGCAUGUCAAAAAUGUUAUAAAUUGAUUUGCAUUUUAAAGAGGGAAAUAAGUAUUUGACCCCCUCUCAAUCAGAAAGAUUUCUGGCUCCCAGGUGUCUUUUAUAGAGGUAACGAGCUGAGAUUACGAGCACACUCUUAAAGGGAGUGCUCCUAAUCUCAGCUUGUUACCUGUAUAAAAGACACCUGUCCACAGAAGCAAUCAAUCAAUCAGAUUCCAAACUCUCCACCAUGGCCAAGACCAAAGAGCUCUCCAAGGAUGUCAGGGACAAGAUUGUAGACCUACACAAGGCUGGAAUGGGCUACAAGACCAUCGCCAAGCAGCUUGGUGAGAAGGUGACAACAGUUGGUGCGAUUAUUCGCAAAUGGAAGAAACACAAAAUAACUGUCAAUCUCCCUCGGCCUGGGGCUCCAUGCAAGAUCUCACCUCGUGGAGUUGCAAUGAUCAUGAGAACGGUGAGGAAUCAGCCCAGAACUACACGGGAGGAUCUUGUCAAUGAUCUCAAGGCAGCUGGGUCCAUAGUCACCAAGAAAACAAUUGGUAACACACUACACCGUGAAGGACUGAAAUCCUGCAGCGCCUGCAAGGUCCCCCUGCUCAAUAAAGCACAUAUACAUGCCCGUCUGAAGUUUGCCAAUGAACAUCUGAAUGAUUCAGAGGAGAACUGGGUGAAAGUGUUGUGGUCAGAUGAGACCAAAAUCGAGCUCUUUGGCAUCAACUCAACUCGCCGUGUUUGGAGGAGGAGGAAUGCUGCCUAUGACCCCAAUAACACCAUCCCCACCGUCAAACAUGGAAGUGGAAACAUUAUGCUUUGGGGGUAUUUUUCUGCUAAGGGGACAGGACAACUUCACCGCAUCAAAGGGACGAUGGACGGGGCCAUGUACCGUCAAAUCUUGGGUGAGAACCUCCUUCCCUCAGCCAGGGCAUUGAAAAUGGGUCGUGGAUGGGUAUUCCAGCAUGACAAUGACCCAAAACACAGGAGUGGCUCAAGAAGAAGCACAUUAAGGUCCUGGAGUGGCCUAGCCAGUCUCCAGACAUUAAUCCCAUAGAAAAUCUGUGGAGGGAGCUGAAGGUUCGAGUUGCCAAACGUCAGCCUCGAAACUUUAAUGACUUGGAGAAGAUCUGCAAAGAGGAGUGGGACAAAAUCCCUCCUGAGAUGUGUGCAAACCUGGUGGCCAACUACAAGAAACGUCUGACCUCUGUUAUUGCAAACAAGGGUUUUGCCACCAAGUACUAAGUAAUGUUUUGCAGAGGGGUCAAAUACUUAUUUCCCUCAUUAAAAUGCAAAUCAAUUUAUAACAUUUUUGACAUGCGUUUUUCUAGAUUUUUUGUUGUUAUUCUGUUUCUCACUGUUCAAAUAAACCUACCAUUAAAAUUAUAGGCUGAUCAUUUCUUUGUCAGUGGGAAAACGUACAAAAUCAGCAGGGGAUCAAAUACUUUUUUUCCCUCACUGUACAUGUGGUGACAUUGUUUCUGAGAGAGCAUGCAUAGCUAUGCAUGUGGUGACAUUGUUUCUGAGAGAGCAUGCAUAGCUAUGCAUGUGGUGACAUUGUUUCUGAGAAUCAAAGAAGGCACAUAGCUAUAGAUGUGUAGUGGUCUGGUGCAGUGGUGACUUAGUUUCUGUUUCAGAGAGGGCACAUAGCUAUAGAUGUGUAGUGGUCUGGUGCAGUGGUCUGAAUGGCCUGAGGCGAUCUCUUAGGUUCUGAGGGGUGAAAGGUCAGGACAGUCAAUCACAGUGGCCCCUCCAUCCCAGCAUCCUUUGUGUCCAUUCAGAGUCCUCUCUUCAUUAACUUCUUCUGAAAGGCCCCCCAGCUGCAAGAGGGAGGGAGGGAGGGAGGGAGGGAGGGAGGGAAAAGGAGAAAAGAAGGUCAAUGAAUACACAUGACAUGGGCUCUCUUCACUGUCAUUGAAAUGGAGGGAAACAAAAACACAAACAGGUAAAUAAUAUAAAGGAGGGAGCGGGAAGGGAAGGAGAGAUGGAGAGAGACCGUUGUGUAAAAGAGAGGAAGACUUUAAGGCAGUCCAUAUGUCAAAGUGGCAGAAUAGAUGGAUGACAGAUAGAAGAUGUAGUUGUCUUAGGGGGAUUGACCAAUGGAGGACUUGAUCAAAUAUCAACAGGAGGAAAAGGCUAGACAAAGAAGACGAGAGAAGGAGAGAAAGAAGUGGCCCUGCCCAGAAACAACCCCUACCCCUAGAGCCGUGUGUAGAUCUGGAGGAAUGGAUAGGUGUAUAAGCAAUACGUCCAUUUCCCUCCGAUUGGCUAGGUGGGUUAAGCACGUUCCGAUACUCUCUGUACAGAAAAAUGUUGGGAAUUUCUUGGUUCCACCGUCAUAGUCUGACAGUCCCAAGCUGAUGAGGUUUUCAGAUCGUAUCCAUCAUUUAUCAAAGUAUCAGAGAAUGUCUCAUCAGACAGUAUGAAAAUGGUAUGCACUCACUAACUGUAAGUCGCUCUGGAUAAGAGCGUCUGCUAAAUGACUGAAAUGUAAAUGAAAUGUAAAAUAGUUGUGUAUUUUGUAGUUGUGUAUGUGUGUUUGUGUGUGUGCACCCACAUCUGAGUGUGAUUUGUGUGUGUACCUCUAUUUUCUGUCCACAGUUCCAGUUUGUAGUGGGUCUGCUUGUGGCGGUGGUGCUGUCUGUGUGGGUGUGUCUGAGUCGUCUGUACACAGGCAUGCAUUCUGAUCUGGUGAGUCUCUUCCUCUGCCCCGACAGUACUCUAUAAAGUACUUUAUAAAGUACUGUAUAAAACAUUCAGAUCCAAUGCAGGAUUUAUUAUUCAUACUGUAUGUCUGGCUGGCACUCUUAACUAGGGGGCCCUGCCUUUCACAUUCAUCAUGCCAUUACAGAAGAAUAAGUAGUUCAUUAUGACCUGUAAAGAGUUUUUGGAGUAAAGUUGAGAUAACUGAGGUUCCAGUACAACACUCAGACCAGAGGAGGUUUGUGGGAGGAGCUAUAGGAGGAUGGGCUCAUUAUAAUGGCUGGAAAGGAAUGAAUGGAACGGUAUCAAACAUAUGGAAACCACAUGUAUGACUCUGUUCCAUUAAUUCCAUUCCAGCCAUUACAAUGUGCCUGUCCUCCUAUAGCUCCUCCCACCAGCCUCCUCUGACUCAGACCAGCACUUCAUCACCAUAAAGACCACAUCACCCUUCAAACUACUAUGAAUAUGUCUGUCUAAGCAAUUACAAAAAUGUAUAGAAUACAUGUACUCUAUAUACUCACCCUCCCUGAUGGUUUCAGGAUGUGAUCUGUGGUGCUCUAAUCUCAGCCACCUAUCCAUACUGGGAAACAUUUGACCGGCUCCAGCUCACCUCCCUACUCUCCCCCGUCUGGGCGUUGGUACUGGCCUUCUUCCUGAGCUUCACCUACCCUGUGCUGGACCAUUACACCACUACCAUCCUGGGGGUGGGUGCAGGCUGUUCUGUGGGCUACUGAGUGAAUGAGAGGCUGGGGGUGAUGUUUGAGCCCCAGGGGGUGUUACCCGUACCCCUGCCAGCACUGACACUGGGUGGCUUAGCCCUGGGCAGCGCCCGCUUUGUGGUGGGUGUCGUGGCGUUGGUGGCGACUCGACAGAUGGUGAAGACAGCCAGUCUGUGGGUGCUGUGCUCCUGGUAUGGAGUGUCAGUCAAAGACAGACGCCAGGAGAAGGAAGGAGAUGGAGGUGCCGUAUAA